AUGAAGGUGCUUCUCGUCUUGUUUGGCACCUUGGCUACUUUUGUCCAUUAUUCGACAUCUACCAAGAUGAUGGUGAAAUCGAUAGCCAACAAAGAGGAAUACCUCAAAUCAAUUAAUGAUUUGAGAAGAAAAUACGCGAAAGACAGUAGAAUUCCUAACAUGCACAAAUUGAUCUGGGACGACUACCUCGAGACAAAAGCACAAUUCGAAGAUUGGUCUGAGGACAAAAAGACAAACCGUGGCAGUCGACGAGAUGGAAAUACCGAGGCAGAAGAUUUACGGAAAAGCCAAAUAAAAUAUCAUUGGCCAUUUUCCAAACGAAAGGAAACGAUUAAUGACAGUACUGUAUACCAUAUGAUAGGUAACGAGGACCUCACUCCACAUCAGAAGAGAAUCGGAUGUGCACCGGCUGAGAGCGAAGAAAAGCGUGUUAAUGGUGCAAUUUUAAAAUUCAAAACACUUUGUUUUUUGGCCCCUGAAGGAACAUUCGACUCGUGGAAUAUGGAAGUGGGAGAUGCUGGAUCGAAGUGUACAGAAGGAUAUGAAAAUAAUGAUGGAUUAUGUUCACCAGUUGAGAAAUCUGAGAAAGUGUCGGGUGGAGGGAGUCUGGAGAAUUCUCAAAAUGGGACGGCUACUAUCUCAUCUGGUAUCAACGAGAAGACUUACGGAAUCAGCUUCAUCUUCUUGGUUUCUGUGAUCCACACAAUGUUCUAA